UUUGCUGUGCACUAUCUCAUCCUGGAGCACGGUUAUUACACAGCACAGCUGGGUGCCGAAGAUGUUUGGUUCAUAUCAAAUGGAACUUGUAUGCCACGAAAUGUUGAUGAAUUACCCGAAGAUAUGAAGGAAUCAAUUCCAGCAGAUCGAAAAUGGCGUCAGGAGAAGCUUUACAAGCAGAUGACAAAUAUAUGCAUCGAUGAAGCGAAACGUCUGAAAUCUCGGAAGAAACGAGUGCCCGUAUAA